AUGCCCUUGACGUAUCAUCAUCCAUAUCUCAAUGGUGAUGUUGUUCACACCAAGCGCUCUGUAAAGGGCAAGGAAAAUGGCGGAAAUUUAGAUUUGAGCAAUGGAAGUCUGCCUUUAUUCAGCUCUGUAAAAGAGCUCCAAGGGCUAAAGUUUGAAGGGUUUCAGGAACUCAGCUCUUUCAUCAAAGGAAAAAAAGGUUCUAUACUUGAUAUAACGGCGAAUAGUGAUGGUUCUCAGGAAGAGGAUAAUGAUCAAGUGUCAGUUGAUGGAGAUCAAGAUAUGAUUGAAGAAACGCAAACGGAAAAGUCUUUGGAAGAUCAUUUCAUUUCUUUGUCAUUGUUUCAAGAAAAGCUUUUAGGACGAAAGGAGUUGCAGUUGCUCACCAUAGGAGUGAAUAAUCUUCCUACUGGGGUCACGAGAUCUGCUGGCCUGGUGGCUGGAUUUUUGGAAAGUGUUAUAGACGAUUAUCUGGUUGAUUUUUUGCCAAAUGAUGGAAACAGCAAGUACUUUUGGAGUUUUGUGGAUAAUGAUGUUGUCGAGUUCAAAGUAGUAUUUAUACAGUUUCGAAGUUUUGAGCUGCUACGAAUGGUAAUCCAGAUAUUCGAAAAGAUGAAUUUGAAGAUGCAUAUUUCAGAGGGCUGUAAGAAGGUCUUAGAACAAGUUGAAACCUUUGAACGAGAUGAAGAUGCCGAAAAAGUAAAAGAGUACAUCGAGCUUAUUUCUAAACUAUCAUCCAGGAAACUUCAUUCCUAUAAAAGUCACGGUGAUGUUGUAGAGAAGCUAGAUAAUUUGUCAAAGUACUACAAUAGGUAUCGAAUCGACCCUAAGGAACUGGUUGAUGUUCCGAAUGAACUAGUAGACACAGUGAAAAAGGAAAUUGUGGAAUUUAGGUUGAAUGUAUUGAAGUUAGAGAAAAGUAAACGAGAAACACAGAUGCUAAAUGAUAAGAGAAAGGCUCGUAUGAGAUUGCGCCGAAUGUUGCAACUGAAUAAUGUGUCCGGGAAUUUGGGUAAUAGCAGAAACGAGGACGAAGAUGAAGAUGAAGAUGAAUACGAAGAUGAAAACGAAAAACAGUUCAAUGAAAUGACAGAUGAAGAAUAUGAAAGGCGUCGCAUGGAAAAUGUGCAGCUAAACCAUAAGAAAAAAUUCGAACUCUACGAGUCCUCUGUUCACAAGAAUGAUAUUGCAAGGAUCAACAAUAUUCACAACUUUGAGAAUAAUAUCAAACAUUCGUCAUAUGAAUCGAAACUGGUUCCUUCUAGAAGGGAAAAGUUCUUGGAAGAAUACGUUCUCCACAUCAAAGAGAGUACAAACAGCAUAGACAAAAACAUACAGUAUUACAAGAAACACGUCAAUUAUGUUAAUUUUAGAGAAAAAGUAAAGCUUAAAGAAGAAGCGAUGGAUGCACAAGAUAGAGAAGAAGAAAACUUUGAAGCUAAAGCAGUUCAGGAAUCAGAUCAAUUUCUACAAUCGCUAGGCAAGAAGAGUCAACCACAACAAAUUCCGGACUCUCUUCAUCAACCAAUCAUUGAAAAAAUCAAUCAAGUUAUCAAUGAUCUACUGGGAAUGACAGAGGAGUCCCUGACUCGAUUCAUUUUCAACUUUUUCAGGGACAAUUUUUUUCAAUUGGACCAUUCCAAUGUGGAAUAUCUAGCGUUCAUAAAGGAGCUGGAAGAAACCCUGGACGAAGACGCAAGAAAAGCCUCGGAUGAAAUCGAACAGUUUAUUCAGGUCCAGGUUUCAAAACCAUAG